GGGCGUCGUCCCUCUGAGCCGUCCUUGCGCCCUGUCCCGGGCUGGCUGGGGCCGCGCCCCUGCCGCCGGCUCACUCUGGCUCCGCGCCCCGGGCACCUCCCUGGUGAUUCACACAGACCCUCGGCAACCGUGGGAAUAAAACCUUCCGCGUCAUCGCGUCCCGUGGAAGGGGAGACAGGGCACGGAGGGGUUAUAUCACAGACGGCAAGCGGUGGGGCCAGGCCCUCAACGCUGACACAUCGCGCUCGGCCUGGCUUGUUUCCCAUCCAAGUACACAUAGACAGACGCACUUUAGAGCCAUGCGGCUCCUGCUCUUUCUAGAAGUUCACACACCACAGGGGUCGCUGGGGAGGGCUCUGCCCUGCCUUCCCUGCCCCCCAGCGAUGCACAAGGUCGCUCCAAGCAGCACCGCGUGAUGAUCCUGUGUGCACCGUGUAACCACCCCCACCCCCAGGAGUUAGAGGACGGCCCGCCCCGGAGGCCCCUGGCCACUCCUCCUCGUGCCUCCCGAUGGCGUCCUGGGCUUGGCUUUGCUGCUCUGGGACGUCGGGGAAGUGCUGUCCUCACGCGGUCUGGAGCCUCGUGUCCGGCUCCUCCUCUGCGUGCUGUCUGCGGGAUGCAUUUGCUCGGCUGGGGCUCCUGCUGUCUCACUGUCUCACUGAUGAGCGAUAUUUCCUUAUACGCUAUGGCUCAAUGCAUUGAUCAUUCUAUUGAAUCAAACAGAUCUCGCUGUUGGGGAUACAAGCUGCUACGGACAUUCUUGUCCAAGUCUUUUAGGGACUAUUUCUAGUGUUUGGGGGGAAUUAAAUUGCUGCAUCACAGGGUACCCAAAGAUUUAGCUUUAGUAGCUACUGCAACACGAUUUCCCAAAGUGGUGGUAGCAGUUUAGGCUCCAGUCGUGGCUGCACGGGGAUUGCAACAUUUGCUACGUGAGCAUGUGACCCUUAACCCAGCCUGCAGCACCCCUACCCCGAAGAGCACAGGGCCACGCCAAGCUGACAUGCACCUGCGCUGCGCGCUGACACUCGGCCGUUCACACUGCUAACACGUGCGACUGGCGCAUCUGUAACUCGAGAGGAAACUAAGAUACAGGCCACCCGUGGUGUAGUGGGACUGUGCUCCCUGGGUGCUGACUGUGGUGCAGUGGGACUGUGCUCCCUGGGUGCUGACUGUGGUGUAGUGGGACUGUGCUCCCUGGGUGCUGACUGUGGUGUAGUGGGACUGUGCUCCCUGGGUGCUGACUGUGGUGUAGUGGGACUGUGCUCCCUGGGUGCUGACUGUGGUGCAGUGGGACUGUGUUCUGUGGGUGCUGACUGUGGUGCAGUGGGACUGUGCUCCCUGGGUACUGACUGUGGAGUAGUGGGACUGUGCUCCCUGAGUGCUGACUGUGGAGUAGUGGGACUGUGCUCCCGGGGUGCUGACUGUGGUGUAGUGGGACUGUGCUCCAUGGGUGCUGACUGUGGUGCAGUGGGACUGUGCUCCCUGGGUGCUGACUGUGGUGUAGUGGGACUGUGCUCCGUGGGCGCUGACUGUGGUGCAGUGGGACUGUGCUCCCUGGGUGCUGACUGUGGUGCAGUGGGACUGUGCUCCCUGGGCGCUGACUGUGGUGCAGUGGGACUGUGCUCCCUGGGUGCUGACUGUGGUGCAGUGGGACUGUGCUCACUGGGUGCUGACUGUGGUGCAGUGGGACUGUGCUCCCUGGGUGCUGACUGUGGUGCAGUGGGACUGUGCUCCCUGGGUGCUGACUGUGGUGUAGUGGGACUGUGCUCCCUGGGUGCUGACUGUGGUGCAGUGGGACUGUGCUCCCUGGGUGCUGACUGUGGUGUAGUGGGACUGUGCUCCCUGGGUGCUGACUGUGGUGUAGUGGGACUGUGCUCCCUGGGUGCUGACUGUGGUGUAGUGGGACUGUGCUCCCUGGGUGCUGACUGUGGUGCAGUGGGACUGUGUUCUGUGGGUGCUGACUGUGCAGCAGUGGGACUGUGCUCCCUGGGUGCUGACUGUGGUGUAGUGGGACUGUGCUCCCUGGGUGCUGACUGUGGUGCAGUGGGACUGUGUUCUGUGGGUGCUGACUGUGCAGCAGUGGGACUGUGCUCCCUGGGUGCUGACUGUGGUGUAGUGGGACUGUGCUCCGUGGGUGCUGACUGUGGUGCAGUGGGACUGUGCUCCCUGGGUGCUGACUGUGGUGCAGUGGGACUGUGCUCCCUGGGUGCUGACUGUGGUGCAGUGGGACUGUGCUCCCUGGGUGCUGACUGUGGCUCAGUGGGACUGUGCUCCCUGGGGCUGACUGUGGUGCAGUGGGACUGUGCUCCCUGGGUGCUGACUGUGGUGCAGUGGGACUGUGCUCCCUGAGUACUGACUGUGGUGGCAUGGGACUGUGCUCCCUGGGUGCUGACUGUGGUGUAGUGGGACUGUGCUCCCUGGGUGCUGACUGUGGUGUAGUGGGACUGUGCUCCCUGGGUGCUGACUGUGGUGCAGUGGGACUGUGCUCCCUGGGUGUUGACUGUGCCGCAGUGGGACUGUGCUCCCUGGGUGCUGACUGUGCCGCAGUGGGACUGUGCUCCCUGGGCACUGACUGUGGUGCAGUGGGACUGUGCUCCCUGGGUGCUGACUGUGGAGUAGUGGGACUGUGCUCCCUGGGUGCUGACUGUGGUGCAGUGGGACUGUGCUCCGUGGGUGCUGACUGUGGCGCAGUGGGACUGUGCUCCCCGGCACUGACUGUGGUGCAGUGGGACUGUGCUCCGUGGGUGCUUACUGUGGCGCAGUGGGACUGUGCUCCCCGGCACUGACUGUGGUGCAGUGGGACUGUGCUCACUGGGUGCUGACUGUGGUGCAGUGGGACUGUGCUCCCUGGGUGCUGACUGUGGUGCAGUGGGACUGUGCUCCCUGGGUGCUGACUGUGGAGCAGUGGGACUGUGCUCCCUGGGUGCUGACUGUGGUGCAGUGGGACUGUGCUCCCUGGGUGCUGACUGUGGUGUAGUGGGACUGUGCUCCCUGGGUGCUGACUGUGGUGUAGUGGGACUGUGCUCCCUGGGUGCUGACUGUGGUGCAGUGGGACUGUGCUCCCUGGGCGCUGACUGUGGUACAGUGGGACUGUGCUCCCUGGGGCUUACUGUGGUGCAGUGGGACUGUGCUCCCU